CGCGUGACCAACCCCCCAUGGACUUCACACUUCGGAAAAUUGGCUGUAUUUCGUUUGACUAGAACAUAARUAUGGCUAAAUAUAUGGAUGUUGCAUUACUGCUUGGUAUAUCGGAGGUCUUGGGCCUCGUAGUAAYAGUAUUUGGMUCGYCUGAUGGAUCAUUUAUUCCUGCAAAGCCUAGUAAAAGUCAAGCUCAGUGGCUGGAUUAUGAARUSGGUGCGUCGAUUCACUUUAAUAUGCAGACUUUUAAUCGACAAAUGAAACGAGAUCAUGUCGCUCCUCCAGACACGUUCAACCCAUACAACCUAUCAACAGACCAGUGGAUAGACGCGGCUGCAAGUUUUGGCGCCAAAUACGUGGUCUUGACGCUCGACCAUUUUAGCGGAUUCUUACUUUGGCCGAGUGGGACUUAUAGCUACUCUGUCAAGAACACCCGAUGGAGGGAUGGGAAGGGAAAUAUUGCUCUGGACUUUAUCAACUCAUGUAAGAAGAAAAACAUCCAGCAUGGAUAUUUUUACAGUGUAUACAGGAACUGGUUUAUGAAUGUGGAGAAUUACAGUACAAAAUAUGAAAAGGAUCAAAAACUUUAUAACGAAAUAGUUUUGGCGCAGCUUAAAGAGUUAUUAGGACAUGAUUCUGAAUAUUCCAAACCGUUUUAUUUCUGGUUCGAUUCUGGUACUGACCCCAAGACGAAUCCCGACAUUGGACCACUCGUACGCACACUCGCCAAUGAAACUAUCUGCGAUGAAUGUAAGACCAUCUCUGGUAAUCAAGGAGUACGUUGGGUUGGAAACGAGCAAGCUGUAGCACC